GCUCCGGGGGCGGAGCGGGAGCCGGGCCGGGCAGAGGCUGCGCGGGGCUUCCGGGUAGCGGAGCCGAACCAUGCCGUUCCUGGAGCUGGACACCAGCCUGGCGCCCGGGCAGCUGCCGCCGGGGCUGGCGCAGGACCUGUGCGCGGCCGCCGCUGACAUCUUGGGCAAACCGGCGGAGCGGGUGAACGUGACGGUGCGGAGCGGGCUGCCCAUGGUGCUGGCGGGCUCGGCCGAGCCCUGCGCGCAGCUGCUCGUCUCGUCUAUCGGCGUGGUGGGCUCGGCGGAGCAGAACCGGCGGCACAGCGCCCGUUUCUUCGACGUGCUGACGGCGCAGCUGGGCCUCGGCCCCGAGAGGAUUAUCAUCCGCUUUUGCCCACUGGAGCCUUGGCAGAUUGGCAAGAAUGGAACAGUCGUGACAUUCCUGUGAUUCCUUGAAUUGGAGCAAAGCAAUUGAUGAAGACAACCCAGAGAUGAUCAGCUCCAUCCAUCUCCUUGUUUCACCUUAUGAUCAAAUCUGUGUUGCUCUGCACCUUUACCUGUAUAAUUCACUUUUGUCUUUGCAUCCCAUGCACACAAAUCUGAAGAGUAGGGCAAUCAGCUGUACUGGUUUUACUAAAAUAGUUGAAGAUCUUUGUCUCAAACCUGUCUUGUAGCCCAAAGGCUCUCCCAGUGCCUUUGCAGCUCUGGUGAUGACUAUAAUAUGGGCUUAGACAAAGCUGUUUUGUAGCAGCAAAAAGUUUAAUUCCAGAACACUUUUGACGUUACUGAGGACCAGAAUGGUUCUCGGGUUCAUCCAGUUGUCCUCAUACUUUGCAAGGCAGAAAGAUCUUUCUGUUUCUCUGUGGCAGCAGAAGGGUCCCAGCCUGGCUAAGAUGACCUGAGAGUCAAAUUCUCUUCUCUGACUCCUUGAAAGUCCUUACCAGAAAGAGGAGGGAUUAUUGAAUGAGAAGUUUAUGCAUUUAUAUAAUACAUAUAAUUGUUUGUUAAGGCUCGAGUCAGAUCUUGUGCUCUGCACUCACUGUAACCUGCAGUGGCUGCUCCUGCAGCCUGUUAAUUGUCCAUCACGGCUGACUGUGCUGAUGGCAGCGUGCACAGCUCUGCACAAGGAGUCACUGGUGAAGAAUUGUGCUGUGCCACAGGAAAAUAUUUUGAAGUUUCUGGUACUGCCAGUUUUAAUUCCUCUUAUUCACCCAAUUCAAUAUACUUCUCACUGUGAUGUUACAAGAGGUUUUGGGAUGACACAGCACCUCACUGUGUUCUCUGGCUGGUGUUUUCAGCUCAUUGCCUUUGCAAGGAAGUGUUCUGGGGUUUUAGGACCCAUACACAUCCUUGCUUUGUAACUGGAAUACACAGGGUAUUUUGUGAAAAGAAAAACAUGGUACUUUUAUGUAUAAUGUUAUCUCAGCCUUCCUCUGAUAAUAAAAACUUUUAACAAUUUC